UACUAUAAAAGCAAUCCGUAAUGCCCUGGCCGGUCGUUCUCAUUUGAAAACAUUUCGCAAAAUGAAAUGUUCCAAGCGGCCGGUUGUUCUCAUAGCCCGCGAUAUUCCUCGAUGAAUACGUUGUACUUCAUAUUCUGUUGUCAUGGGCUAUCCGCUAACCGACUUGCAACAGGAGCAGAUAAUUUCAAUAAUUCCCGCCACUUUCCGUCAUUAAUAUUUUGUCAAUCCGCGUUUAUAAAAGAAAUUUCACAGAAACUUUACAAGGAAGAGUCGGGUUUGCUUCACCUAUUUACAUCGUAAUAUGCCUCCCAAAAGACAUCAAGCAUGGGCUGAACUGCACAACAAAAUGAAAAGCAAGCGAAGCAAGGCUAGUAAUGAUCAACGGGGAAAAAAGACAGGUUCCGCACCGCAUGAACUAAUCGUGCAGCGUCUAGCAGCCGAACCAGAUCACAAGCAAACAUACAAAGCAGUCCAACCAAGGGAGUUUGUGGCCUACGAGUAUGAGGAUUUGAGCCUAACAAAUCUUAAAAAAGCUUGUGCAGCCCAUUUCCACCUGCCAGCGAGCUCGUGCGACGUACUGGUAACGAAUAAGGGGCCGUCUUGUACGAAUAUCAACCAAAUUCCUCACAGGAAGGACAAGGUUUACCUUGUGCGGUUUAUGGUCACAGAACAAUUAGGUGAUGGGUAUCCGGAUAGCCCAGAGGUUUCAGAUCCUAAAGAUAUGGUGUUUGGGCCAAUAAAUGUCAGUAAGACACCAGACACUGAGGAUACCCACUAUCCAAAUUCAGUUUCAAUAGACUUGUUGCUAAAAGCUGGACAACUUGUAAAACCUAAGAUGAAGAAUCAGGUAUCAUUAAGGUUAGAAAAGUUCCAUCUUGAUGAGCAAGAAUGGGUGUCUUUAGAAAACUCUCUUGAUUUAUUGGUGGACUCAGAGAAAUUUUCUUCUGGUGGAUUCAGGGAUGCAUUUCUUGGAGUGACAAAAGAUAAAGAGAAAUGGGUAAUCAAGAAAUACCAUGAAAAGGCUGUCAAUGUAAUAACAGGUACACUCAAUUCAACUGUUGAAGACCAUACUCGAAAGCAAAUACAAAUGCAUUCGGUUGCAAGGCAUUUAACUAAAGUGUUUAGCAACAAAGUCCCACAAGAAUUUGGCGAAUGCUUCACUUUUAACCGAGCCUACUACACAGUUUACCAAGGGCAACCUGCAACUGUUGAAGAAUUUGUUGAAGGAACAUUCCGAAAAUAUGUCAACAACAAUGGAAAAGUGUGCAGACCUGAGGUUUGCAAUGCUGACAUGAUGACAAUUAUUGACAAGGCUGAAUGCCUAGUGCAUUAUUCUCACAUUCAAAGUUCCAAGAAACUCAUGCUUGUUGAUCUUCAGGGUUCAGGUUACCACCUUUAUGACCCAGAAAUUGCCACUAGUGAAUUACGUGCAGAGAGUGGUGAAGCUUACUUUUGCUGUGGCAAUAUUUCCUUUAUAAGUAUUGAAGAAUUUCUGGAUGCACACAUCUGCAACAAGUUUUGCAAUAUGAUCAAUGAACUUAAUACCAGCAGCUGAUGAGCAAAAAGGUUUGGACA